AUAUAUAUCCACUCCUCCUAUCCAUACGUCCCACCAAAUUAAGUUACGGCAAUUUGUAAAAUCACUCCCUGCACUGCGUCUCUCUCCUCGGAGCGAUUCAUCUGCGGCACAGCAGAAGCAGAGUACCCUAAAGCUGCAUACACGUAAUAUGUCCCAUCCCUCUCCAGUCAGUUAACUAACGAUUUUUCCCAUUCUCCCUAUUUUGGCCUUCCAUUCCCUCACCAUUUACUCCCCAAUGCCAUCCACCCUCGGAAACCAAAACCAUUAGAUCUGUAACCAAGAGUAAACGAAACGCCUACAAGAUGAUCACCUGGGGGGACCUCUACACCGUCUUGACGGCAGUCGUUCCUCUGUACGUGGCGAUGAUCUUAGCCUACGGGUCGGUCCGGUGGUGGAAGAUCUUCUCCCCGGACCAGUGCUCCGGCAUCAACCGGUUCGUGGCCAUCUUCGCCGUCCCUCUCCUCUCCUUCCAUUUCAUCUCCACCAACGACCCCUACGCCAUGAACUUCCGCUUCAUCGCCGCCGACACUCUUCAGAAGAUAAUCAUGCUCGUCGUUCUCACCGUCUGGACCAAUUUCACCAAGAACGGUAGCCUCGAGUGGAUGAUCACCAUCUUCUCUCUUUCCACGCUACCAAAUACACUCGUGAUGGGUAUCCCUCUGCUCAUCGCCAUGUACGGCGACUACUCCGGGAGCCUCAUGGUCCAGGUGGUGGUCUUGCAGUGCAUCAUCUGGUACACCCUGCUGCUCUUCCUCUUCGAGUACCGCGGCGCCAAGAUGCUGAUCAUGGAGCAGUUCCCGGAGACGGCAGCGUCCAUAGUGUCGUUCAAGGUCGACUCCGAUGUGGUCUCAUUGGACGGUCGCGAUUUUCUGGAGACCGACGCGGAAAUAGGCCAGGACGGGAAGCUCCACGUGACGCUGAGAAAGUCGAACGCGUCGAGACGGUCCCUCGGAGGCUCGGCAUUGACGCCUCGGCCGUCGAAUCUCACCGGAGCGGAGAUAUACAGUUUGAGCUCCUCAAGAAACCCCACGCCGAGAGGCUCCAAUUUCAACAACUCCGACUUCUACUCCAUGAUGGGUUACCAGGGCUUCCCGGCGAGACAUUCGAAUUUUGGUCCCUCCGACCUGUAUUCGGUGCAGUCCUCUAGGGGCCCAACUCCGAGACCAUCGAAUUUCGAAGAGAAUUGUGCACCGGUGCCCCAGAACGCCAACGUUUCUUCUCCUAGGUUCGGGUUUUAUCCGGCGCAGACUGUACCUCCGGCGUCGUACCCUGCGCCCAACCCAGAGUUCUCGUCCAGUAUUACUAAGACAGCGAAGAAUCAGCCACAACAGCAACAGCAACAGCAACAGCAACAGCAACAUCAGGCUCCAAAUAGCAAGGUGAGCCAUGAUGCUAAGGAGCUGCACAUGUUUGUGUGGAGCUCCAGCGCAUCGCCUGUGUCCGACGGAGGUGGGCUCCACGUAUUCGGCGGGACCGACUUCUGCGCGUCAGAGCAAUCCGGACGGUCCGAUCAGGGGGCCAAGGAGAUCCGGAUGUUGGUUGCUGAUCACCCCCAAAACGGGGAAAAUAAAGCAAUGGCGGAAAGUGAGGGAUUUGGUGGGGAAGACUUAAGCUUUGGUGGGAAGGGAGAUCUAGGAGGAGUGGUGGGAGAUCAGGAUGAGAGAGAGAAGGAGGGCCCCACUGGACUCAACAAGCUGGGGUCCAGCUCCACGGCUGAGCUCCACCCGAAAUCCUCCACCGGAGUCCCGGAGUCAGGUGGCGGAAAACAAAUGCCUCCCGCCAGUGUCAUGACCCGUCUCAUCUUAAUCAUGGUCUGGCGCAAGCUUAUCCGCAACCCCAACACCUAUUCCAGCCUCAUUGGCCUUGUUUGGUCUCUCAUCGCCUACAGCCGGUGGCAUCUGACUAUGCCGAAGAUACUUUCGAAGUCGAUCUCCAUACUCUCCGACGCCGGGCUUGGAAUGGCCAUGUUCAGCUUAGGUCUGUUUAUGGCUCUUCAGCCCAAGAUAAUAGCGUGUGGGAAUUCCAUCGCUUCUUUUGCCAUGGCCGUAAGAUUCCUCACCGGCCCAGCGGUUAUGGCCGCCGCUUCUAUUGCCGUCGGCUUGCGUGGCACCCUCCUCCAUAUAGCUAUUGUUCAGGCUGCACUUCCACAAGGAAUUGUUCCGUUUGUGUUCGCUAAAGAAUACAAUGUUCAUCCAGCCAUUCUCAGCACUGCGGUUAUCUUUGGAAUGUUAAUAGCACUACCAAUUACUCUUGUGUACUACAUCGUUAUGGGAUUGUGAAUUUAGAAUAGCAGCCACCAAAAUACAGAGAUUAAGAAAUGUGUUUUAAGUCAUCAUAUUUGAGAGCGUUGACCGCACGGGGAUAUGUUCAGGUUGCAAGAAGAUUUUCCGGCAGAAAUCGAUGAUAGUACUACAAAGGACUCGCCAAGGUUCCAAAAUUUUUGGAGCUAAGAUAGUUGACUUAGUGAAAUGCCAUGAUAUGAGGAUCAUCGCCACCACCCACAUGAACAGCCAAAGUUGGUCUAAUUUUCCAAAAGUUUGAGAAGAACAAGGAAUGCCCGUCAAACCCAAGGGGGAACAUGAAAGAGGAAAACAAGGAAAGAAGGUUGUAAGCCAAUAAAAGAAGGCUGAAAAAAAGGUGGUCAAUGAUGUCUGAUUCCUCCAUUAAUUACGUUGUGCAUGUAAAGUUUGAUUUUACAAUUCCCCUCUAGCAUUUUUUUUUUUAAUAUUAUUAAAAAAAAAAAAAAAGUGACAAAAGAAUUGAAGAAAAAGAAUAGGCCAGCGGAGGGAAUAUUUUGUUUUCUUUUUCUUUUAUUAGGUUUGUUCUUAGCGUUGGUUUUGAUUGUCCAUGGAUCUGCCAAUUAUCUGAGAUUGUCGUUUCUUUCUUGGUUUGUAGUUGAAUUAGGAUUUUUAUGGUCAAAAAGGGGUCAUUAGUCAUUUUGUCA